GAAUUUAUUCCACAAGCUGAGUUAAGGUUUGGCCAAAGUAAUGCAGGCCAAAACACACGCACCAAACCAACACCACCGCCUUUGUUCGCCAAGGAAACUUCUCAUCUUUUACAAUGGUUCGAGUUACACUGCAGUUGGUGCUACUGGUCCUAGGCUCCCUUCUGAUCGGGUGGGCCAGCUCACACCAGGAGUCGGGUGAGUGGAGCUGCGACUCGGACUCUGGGAUCCAACUACAAGCUGAGUUCAGACCCGGACUCAUCACCCUCGACGGUAACGCCGAUGAUUGGAAGGACAUUGACGGCUUUGAGUUCUCUCUCCUUCCUGCUCUUGACCCGGAUGACGAUAAAGAGUAUAAAGGUGGAAAAAUGACCGUUAAGGCCUUGCACGAUGGUAAGGAUGUGUUUUUCUUGUUGCAAGUUGAUGGGGACUAUGCUUACACAAAAGGCACUAAUAAUAAAUGCCCAUCUGUGGCCCUCAUGUUUCAAAUUGGUGAUCAUGCCACCUAUCACAAUAUGGGCGGUUGUGGGGAAGGGCCUGAUGCUUGCACAAGCAAAACUUGCAAAGGCCAUGAAGUCGACAUUAUGCAUUUUUCAAUUGGAAACGCUAUUCCAGGACGGCUCUAUGGUGGGAAUCCAAUAGACAACAGAGAUGGAAAUGGUGGUGACAGGUUUGGCCAUUUGGUUGAUCUUUAUGCAUGGAAUCCACACUGUAGAUACAUUGAUGGAAUUGGUCCUUCAGGAAAUGAUUCUAGUGCGCAAAAUAACUGGAAAGGGGCAUGGUGGCACACUACCUUCAAUGUCCUCUCAGGUUUUGUGGAGGAAGACAGUCCUUAUGCUUCAGAUGGUCAAAAGGGCACAUAUUAUUUUGAAUUCUCCAGGCCUUUAAGAACCAUGGAUCGUCUCCAACAGGACGCACAGUUUACGAUUGGCGGAUCUAGCAAGAUGUCUGUUGCAUUCUGGUAUCCAGUUGAUAAAAAUCCAUGGCAUGGAUCUGGUCACUAUUCUGUCAACUGCGAUUGGGUACCUCUAGAAUUCUCUGCUGGCAGUUCAACACUGAGCACAUCUGCACCAGGCGGCUCAGGAGAUGUUGCCAGUGCCUUUUCCCUUCUAUUUUCAGUAGUUGCGAUGUGCAUCUCAGUUUUUGUGGUAUAUAGAAUUGCCAGACCAAAAAGUAACCAGUUUACACCAAUGGCAAUGGACAAUCUCUAGGAUAUGAUAUCAGUACGAGUGUGAAGAUUGUACUAUGGAGGGAGGGUUGUACUACUUAGUUUUGUACUUUGAUCACUACCACAGCAUUAGAUUUUUUUAUUAGAAUUUUGGUUGUUAGUUUAUUCUCACUUUUGUAAUGAGUUUUUAUAAACUUUUGUCAUUCUUGGCUGAUCCUGCCUAAAGCGCAUUUGCAGCAAAAAUGCCUCUGUUUACAAAGAAUCGGUGAAAGAAAAUUGUACAAGACAGUGAAUAUAUUCAGGAUUGGCAUUGCUUUGAGCCAUCCUGUUUGUGAAAGUGUGAAUUUCUGUUAAA